CGCUACCUCCUUCCCCUCUUGAGAUUACUUUGAUAUGAUAGAGCUCGCAGAUUUUGAUUGCUUACGGAAAGCCUGCACGACGGAAUCGGGACCUCAGUUAUCUCGGGUUCGUUCCGGUUAAUUCAUCGCGAGCAUCGAACGUGCAUACGUCGGUGGGGUAUACACGUUGCAGCUAAUUUGUCCUCUAGGUCCAUCUUACCCUUGUUAUCUCAUCCACCUGUCUCAUCCUACGCUACGAUCGGUUCGACACGUCGAGGACGCGACAUCACAGUGGAAUUUGUCCACGUGCGACACGUGGAACGGCGCCAGGAAGCGGCGCCGUUGUUGCAGUGUGACGACGGUCCCACCUCGUCCCCCUCCGCUCCUCUCACUGAUGGAGAGGAUGCUCUAGCCGAGUGCCGACAAAUCCCGGUCAACGUCCGUCGCAGUACGAUGGAGUUUACGUCGUUGCUGAAGUCUAUGCUAAGUGCUUGCCAGUGUCACGCUCACGUCAUCGUGUCGUAAAAUGGGUACAACCAUAUCCCAAUUGGAAAGAGAUAUUGGCUCCGAUCAGUUUCCACCUAAUGAACACUACUUUGGUUUAGUCAAUUUUGGUAAUACCUGUUAUAGCAAUUCAGUGCUACAAGCUUUAUAUUUUUGUCGACCGUUUAGAGAAAAGGUUUUGGAAUACAAAGCUAGAAAUAAGCGAACUAAAGAAACUCUACUAACAUGUUUGGCAGACCUGUUUUACAGUAUUGCAACCCAAAAGAAAAAAGUAGGUUCUAUAGCACCAAAGAAAUUUAUCGCCAGAUUAAGGAAAGAGAAAGAGGAAUUUGAUAAUUAUAUGCAACAAGAUGCGCAUGAAUUUUUGAACUUCCUUAUAAAUCACAUAAAUGAAAUUAUUUUGGCGGAGAGAACUCAGAGCAAGCCGACUGGAGGGAAGUGUGGGGCAGGAGAUGCUGCAGGUUCGCCACCAGAGCCCACAUGGGUACAUGAGAUAUUCCAAGGGAUAUUGACGUCGGAAACACGCUGCCUUAACUGUGAGACUGUCUCUAGUAAAGACGAGGAUUUCUUCGAUCUGCAAGUUGACGUAGAUCAAAAUACGUCGAUCACACACUGCCUCAGAUGUUUCUCCAAUACAGAGACCCUGUGUAGUGACAACAAAUUUAAAUGCGAUCACUGCAGCAGUUACCAGGAAGCUCAGAAACGAAUGAGAGUGAAAAAACUACCUAUGAUAUUAGCGUUGCAUCUAAAAAGAUUUAAAUAUGUGGAACAAUACAAUCGUCACAUAAAAGUAUCUCACAGAGUAGUUUUUCCAUUGGAGCUCAGACUUUUCAAUACUAGUGAUGAUGCUGUAAAUCCAGAUCGUUUGUAUGAUCUGGUGGCAGUUGUGAUACAUUGUGGAAGUGGGCCUAAUCGAGGGCAUUACAUUUCUAUAGUUAAAAGUCAUGGAUUCUGGUUGCUCUUCGACGAUGAUAUGGUUGACAAAAUUGAUGCGUCAACUAUAGAAGAUUUUUAUGGACUCACAUCAGAUAUUCAGAAGAGCUCUGAAACUGGUUAUAUCCUGUUCUACCAAUCGCGAGAUUGUAGUUAAAGUUUAAUAUGAAUAGCAAUUGAAGAUAAGCACUCCUAUACGCUAAUUUCGUAUUUUAACAAAGUGCGCGGUAUAUGUGAAUUUUUGAAUGUUCUAAUGGUUUGUCAGAUUAUUUAUGAGAAUGAUGGAUAUACGAUGUUUGAUAAUGUUUUGGCUCGUAGAAUAUAAAAAGAGAAGCGAAAAAUAGUUACAUAAUUUAUCUAAAUUUUUAUAUAGAAUUUUUGGUUUGUAUAUAUAAACCAGCAGUUGGAGAAAAUUGGGAAGUAUUAGGUGAUGCUUUAUAUUUAUUUAUGUUUAAAAGCUAGUCCGCCUUUUGAAGAGAAUGAAUAAUUUACUUUAUUACAAUAACUUAAACGUGUCCAUAAAGAGAAACGUUAGCACGUUCAGAUUCUAUACAAAUGUAAAGAUAUGACUGAGAAUAAAAAUAUUGUUAUGAGA